AUGUAUGACAAAAAAGGCAGCCUUCUCCUCUACAAUGCAAUUCAUAAUGAAGCCACCACUCUUAAACAGAUGGCUAGAUAUACUGGCAGGACACAACUUACCCCUGUCAACUUCAAGACUAGCUUUCUCUGUACUCGGGAAUUUAGGAGAUGGUGGAAUGAAUAUUAUACUAAAGACUUUUAUGACGUUCCCUUUUUUAUCCAACACAUUGAUAAAGCUUUCCUUUUUGUGCAUGAAACAACUAAGAAAGCCACCAGGGUUCCACCCAAGAAGCCGAUAAUCAAAAGGCAAGUCGAAACAAAGACUAAGGGAGGCAGAAAGCCCAAAAAGGUUGCUCAAAAACCUCCUCUUACUCUAUCAAAAAUCCAAACCAAAAUAACAGAAGCUCCUGCUAUAAUAGAUUCUGACGAAGAAGACCUGUCACCUGUUCUCGACCUCACUUCCAGGAAAAGAAAACAACAGCCAAAAAUCACUGAAGCUUUGAGCCAUCCUCAAACAAAAAUUUCCAAGAAAAGGCCUACUGCCCUAACUAUUCAAGAGCCUACUCUUGAGGUUAUGGCGAAGAUAACAGCGUCUCAGAGCGAAAGUGACAACUCCAGCCCUAGGGUUGAAGGGAACAAGGAUGGUGCAGGCAAAGAAGACCAAGCUGGAGUGAACAAGGAUACUAUGGUGGUGGAUGAAGAGGUUCAGGCUGGAGAUAACCCUGAAGAUGGUUCGCAUAACGUCGAAGGCACAGACCAUGCCAACCAAAAGGGUAACAAUGGUAAAGAUGCAGCAAUGGGGGAGGAAGACGAAGACAACCAGACCCCACUCAAUGCUGGACAUGAUGGAAGUGAUGGUGAUGAUGAUGGAGACUCCGAAGAAGAGGACAACAAUGGUGAGGGGAACCAGGACACAUUCGAAGGACAGACUCAGAGUCAAACUCUUGCCACUCCAAUAGUUGUGGCUAUUCCUGAAGGCAGAGUUUCGACAGGAAACACUAGGGUUUUUUCUUCAGAAGAACUAGCAACUCUGAAACGAAACCAACCUCUUGAAUACCUAAAAGCUAUACUAGUCAUAAGGUAA